AUGAAGUUCACGGCAGUCCUCUUUUUCCUAGCCGCAUGCAGCGCUGAGCACCAUCACCGCCGAGAUGGUACAGACUAUGGCAUCAACCUAGCCUCAAUCUCAAGCGCACUAGAACAUAUGACGGCAAAUCAAACCGCCAGCGCCAACUUCGCCAACAUCUCCUCGCCGCCCAAAUCCCUCAUCCCAGAGAUCCUAUCGGUAGUGCCCGUCUCGGUGAUCUGGGAAUUGGUCAACCCAGCCCAGCGCAGUUCACUAGCCAGCCAAUUCAAGGCAGGGAGCACACCAGCCUGGUAUAGCAACCUGCCCACCGACGUGAAGAGUUACAUGUCCGUGGUGAGAUCGCAGAUCUCCGGCGGCGCAUUGACAGCCACUACGGGUUUAGCGUAUGCGACAGCGUCCGCCACUGCGACCGGCGCCACUGAGUCAGGGUCGACUGGAUCUGGAACUGGAAGUGCAAGUGGAAUGGCAUCGACUUCCACUGGUGGCGCUGCACAGGCCACGGGGCUCACCGUAUCAGUGAUGGGGGCCAUGGGCGUGCUUGGGCUGGCACUAGCUCUAUGA